CACAUCUCCAGUGCGACAAGAAGUAAAGCAAGCAGAAUGAAUCACAUCCACCAAUACUGCGUCUUCAGCGCCCUGAUGCAGGGCUUCUCCUCCGACGGCGCGACCGUAUCCGACAUCCUUUCCAAAUGCAACCACGGCCUUGGCACGGUGUGCAGCCUGAACGGCGAGAUCAUCAUCGUCGACGGCGAGGCCUACCACUUCACGCCGGACGACCAACUGCACAAACUGGCGCCAACCGACCGCAUGCCCAUGAUCGUUGCCACAGACUUUCAGCCAACCCUCACCAAAUCCCUGGACGCACUGCACAUGGACACCCUCAAGGAGGCCCUGCACCCGUUCUUCCCCGCCAAGCAGAAUAACUUCAUCGCUGUUCGGGUGGACGCCACGUUCCGACGCAUCGUCUACCGCAUUGGCGGGCCGCAAGUCCGCCCGCGCGAGCCCCUGCUCGAGCUGGCCAAGCGCCAGACGGUCAAGACCUACGAGAACAUCACCGGCACGCUGUUCGGGUUCUACUCCCCGCCCUACACCAAUGGGAUCUGCGUCGCCGGCUUUCACCUGCAUUUUCUAUCCGAGGACCGUCGUGCGGGCGGACAUAUCCUGGAGUUCGAGGCGGAGAAUGUCGAGCUGAAGGCGGCUGUAAAUACGCAUGUACAUCUCGAGUUUCCCGAGUCGGAGGCAUUUAAUGAGGAGCUGAUGCAGCCAGAGUUGGCCAAGGACUUGCAUUUAGCAGAGUGA